GUCUCUCCAGCAGCGUUAAACUCAGUCAAACAUCUUGAUAUUUUCUUUCUUUUAAAAGAAUAGUCUUGCCAAGACACACAAGAGAGCUUUAUCGCAUUACCUUUACCUUUACUUAAUUCAGAUUACCUGCCUGUCAAGUGCACUUCUCAAAUCAGAGCUGCAGAAUGCAUGACGGUGAUGCUCUGCUGGCUGGUCCUUCCUCAUCUCCAGCACUGAAUGGAUCAAAGAUAGCUGCGAGUUCUCCACCCACGGCUGUUCAUCCUCAGACUACAACCGCAGAGGGUUUGGCUCAUAGCAUCAGAAGCAAGUUUCUGAAUGAGCUUCAUAAAGUCCCAUUACCAUCCUGGGCUCUGGUGGCCCUCGGCUUCCUCAUAGUCCUCAUCACGCUCAGCUGCUGCCUGUGUUUCUGCAAGAAGAUGAUAUUUAAAAAGAAAAAGGAAAAGGGUGGGAAAGAGAAAAAUGAAAAGAACAGCAUUAACCUGUCAAACGUGAAAGAGGACGGAACAAAACAGGCUGUUCAUCACGGCACUGAUUCUGAUCACAAGGAAGAGGAUUCUGAGUCUAAAGAGGCUGCAAAACUUGGAAAACUUCACUAUACCCUUGACUACAACUUCACUGACAGCGCGUUAAUUGUAGGUGUGGUUGAGGCAGAAGGUCUUGCUGCGAUGGAUAUUAGCGGCACUUCGGAUCCAUAUGUGAAAGUCUACCUCCUCCCUGACAAGAAGAAAAAGUUUGAGACAAAAGUUCACAGCAAAACACUAGAUCCAACAUUUAAUGAGCACUUCACCUUUAAGGUUCCAUAUGCAGAGCUCGGAGGAAAGACGCUGGUCAUGACAGUGUAUGACUUUGACCGUUUCUCCAAACAUGAUGCUAUUGGGGAUGUGAGGGUGCAGAUGAAUAAAGUGGACUUCAGUCAGCUUACAGAGGAGUGGAGAGAUCUGCAGAAAGCAGAGAAAGAGGAGCAUGAGCGGUUAGGUGAUAUUUGCUUGUCUCUGCGCUAUGUACCGACUGCUGGAAAGCUGACUGUUGUCGUUCUAGAGGCCAAAAACCUCAAAAAAAUGGAUGUGGGUGGCCUCUCAGACCCAUAUGUAAAAAUCCACCUGAUGCAGAACGGCAAAAGGCUGAAGAAAAAGAAAACCACAAUUAAGAAGAACACACUGAACCCGUAUUACAACGAGUCAUUUAGCUUUGAAGUGCCAUCUGAGCAGAUUCAGAAAGUUCAGGUUGUGGUGACAGUCCUGGACUAUGACAAAAUUGGGAAGAAUGAUGCCAUUGGAAAGGUUUUCAUAGGACUGAACAGCACAGGAACGGAGCAACGCCAUUGGUCAGAUAUGUUGGCCAAUCCAAGAAGACCCAUCGCUCAAUGGCACGCCCUCAAACCUGAAGAGGACAUAGAUGCUGAACUGAUGAAGAAAUGAAGUUGUGUGUGAGCAUUUGUAUACAUGAAUAAUCAGUGGUUUGCUUUCAUUUGUGAAGUUUGUGCAUAUGUGUGCAUGUUUGUGUAUGUGGGGAAGGUCUGAGGUAGAUCAGGUAAAAUCUCAUCUUUUAAU